CAGCAACAACAUCAACCACCCAGUUGUAGAGGGCAGGACCGCGCUCAGGCAACCUCUCUUGUGAUGGACCCCCCAGAACGGACCCCCUCGCCAUCGGUGAAAAGAGGAAAAAAGGCUUGCACGGAAUGUAGGCAGCAGAAGGCAAAAUGUGACGCUUACUUAAAUCCUGAUCAACCAUGCUCCCGGUGUUCCAAGCUUAACAUCCAUUGUAUUAUCUCUGAUCCCUUUCGCCGGGAACACAAACGCAAGCGACUUUCCGAGUUAGAACACGAGGCAGACGAGUUGCGACGACGAUUAAGAUACACACAACCCAACGACCCCCGACCCUCGCCUAUUGCUAUGUUGACGGCUGCAGCGGAAAUGGAGUCAAACUCAGCAGCCAGCGCGGGCGAUCUGACAUUGCAUACUGAAUCGCAUACACCUUCAGUUGAGCACCAGCAACAGUUACUACCUUCUAUCGGACUAGGACCACCGCCAUUGCCAGGGCCCGAAACCUUGCAGGGUAUACGCGCUUCUGAUUCUACAGAGCCGCGUUCACUAAACAAUAUUCACUUGACAGGAGGCGAAAUUCAUGAUCUAUUCCAGAUAUUCUUUCAUCAAUAUGCGUCGUUCCUUCCGAUUCUAGACCCAGAGACUACGCCAAACGCGUUUUAUACACAGUCUCCAUUCCUGUUCUGGUCUAUAGUCGGUAUUGCAUCCAGAACCUAUCCUAACAACCCAACACUGUUGACUGCGCUUGCGCGUAAUGUGAACGAGAUGGCCUUUCUUUCAGUCGCGUCAGGGGCUUCUGCGUGGCACAGCAUCCAGGGACUGCUGCUGGUUCUCACAUGGCCAUUCCCCAAGGAUGUUAACAUGGUGGACAUGACGUUUCCAUUGAGCGGUAUGCUUCUACAUAUUGCAAUGCAGAACGGUCUACACAUUCCCAUGUCCAGUCAUGAAUUUUCAAAGAGAAAGAGACUUCCGGCACCCUCAGAAGCGGAAAUGAUUAGGCGCUCGGAGCUUUGGGCCCAUUGUGUUAUUGUCUAUCAGCGUGCAUGUGUAACAAAGGGACAGCCCCCGCGCUCUCUGACAAACUUAGAGCCAGAUGGGGACUUGAAGCAUAUGUUGUUCCAGAGAAUCGCUCCGUCCCUGGCACUCGAGCUGAAAUGCGAGGACCUGAUUACCCGCUGCAGCGCGGCGGUGCUCGAAUUCGGGGUCCGGACCAUGUCCCUGGAACAAGAAAAAUCAUUCGAUAUUCUCUUACGAGCAUAUGACGCCCAGGCGCUUGACCUGGAAGCCCAGGCCUACUCAGCGUACGAUCAGUUCACCACAACCAUGUGUCGCCUCAGCAUUCAGAUAUUCCACCUUUUCCGAUAUCCCAGUUCGUUCUCGUCAGGUUGCCUUGCUCAGCUUACGACCACUGCAUGUAACACAAUUGACACCAUACAAAACCUGGGUCAAAACAUGGUCAGCCUCGCCACCUCACCUAUCCAAAUGAAUUACGCGCUGCUCCUAGCAGCAUCAGCCCUGGUGCGGAUUCUGAAAGGUCCUCAGUGGGCUACCAUGGAUGUCGACAAAGCAAAGUCGUCGUACUUCAACGCAAUCAACCUGGCCAAGCAGAUGUCGGUUGACAACUAUGAUAUCGCCGCCAAGACAGUCAUUGUGUUGAGCCAACUGUGGAACAGCACCAAAGCAUUUCGCAGGUCAGAUGGGAGCGAGUACGUCGCCCUCCGUAUUCGCAGCCGGUUGGUUCUCAGCCCCGUCAUAGAUACGGUCUGGUGGUGGCGGGAUGAGUUCGAUCCUCAGUUCUAUAGCAUGGCCACAUCGCAGGGCAAUGCCCCGGAAGGAGCCGAAGGCAAUCGAGAAAACCAGGGGGCUUCAGGAAAUGCGCCUGGAGGCUCCGUGGAUCGACCCGAUUUCUCGUAUUUUGAUGAACAAUUCCAGGCGGACUUUGAAUGGGCAUUGACGGACGAGGCGCUCUACGCUGCCACCGAACCGUAUGGAUCGCUAUGAACCGCCGAGGCGCGACAGUGUCAGCGGUUAUCAUGGAAGCCGAAAGCCUUUGAACAGUUCCAAAGGUACCCGAAUCACUCACCGAGGCUGGGAUCUUGAAUGA